GUCGCGUAGCGGAUAUUGCGCUCUUCACAUGGAGACUUGACACAGGUGCAUUCAGCAGCUGGAUAGUAAUGAGCACAAACACUCGUAGAAAGCGGCAAAGAGCGAGCAAAAAGGCAACAUGAGUGCCAUGAUGAGCGCGGAGCCCGAGGAGGGGGUGAAGGGCGGUCGGGAGGACAUCAUCCAAAGACGACCCAGUAUUGUGAUGCUGCAAAACAUGCUCAAGAAAAUCCCCCAAAGCUCAACCAUCAAUCAGCAGCAGGAUGCCGCAGCGAACGUGACCACUGACAAUGAGCUGACACAGAAUGGAGCACACCAGUCGAACCCUCAGUCUGUGGCCAGCACUAACCCCUUUUAUUCCUAUCACAUGGAAUCCGAGAACAAGUACGGCGGAGUCGAGGAUGAUAGACAGAAAGCGUCGCACCAAGCGCGAGGCUAUGGCGACUUUGUUCCUCUGCCUGAAUUCCAACGUUCCCCUUUGGAUUGGCAAGGAAAUGUCGUCACAGUUUCUGAAGCUCAGAAGGACUUGACCCAGAAUAGCUUCCAUUAUAUGUCGAACAGCUUUUUGUCAAGCGGGCCUGCUGACGAGCAACAUCGCAACAUAACCCCGAGCUCAGCGGAAAGCCCUCCUGAGAACUUCUUCAAGAGCUUGCAGUCAAAGAGCUUGCAGGACCUUUUGCAAGAUUCCUCGGAGGAUUUUAACCUCGAGGCACUUUCAUCGGGAAAAGUCUCGGAUAAGCCUCGCGGUGUCUUACCGGAUCCCUUUCGGCCUUCUCCCAACACGCCGGAGGAUCUGUUUGUCUCUCCAGCGGAGAAUCCGUUUUAUUCUGCCUCGAGCACCGCAUCACAUUUGUUUCAGGCAAAUGGAGACAAACUGUCUUAUUCCGGAUUAUCUGGUUCUGAUCUGGAUGUGUUCUCCCCUUCUUCAAACGUCUCGAGCCCAAUAGCGAAGGAGCUAUUCCGUGACGGCGGCAGCACGAGCGAGCAGUUUGGUGCAACGACGCCCGACGGCGGCAAGAACUUUUUCACAACGCUUGGCGACGGCGGGUUGGCCAAAUCGGACCUCUCGGAAGGGGCGCUCCUAUCCAAGUAUUCCGAUGCGGGACAUGACGUUGUGCUCACCACUCCUCAAGGAAGCAAACACAAAAUCCUCCAGCCGACCCCCUUCAGUCAGGCCCGCAAUCGGAGCGUGUCGUCAGACUCGUCUCCGACCGAGCCGAAGCACUUGACGCUCACCAGGCGCCCGCCAAAGCCGCUUCCUCGUUCCAGACCUCCCAAGUUGGGGAAGCCCCCCGUUCCGGACAAGUCCACCAAGCCGGCCUUUGUGUUGGAGCCCGAACUCAGCGGUCCACCGAAGCCUCCUCCAAAACCGUCAAAAGCUCUCCCUGUUUCGGUCAUCGGUGCCGCAGGCGAGCCUCAGGGCAAGAAAGUGGACUUUGAAGUCUUUGAGGACAUCCUGCUGAUUGGACAGGAAAAGUGCGUAGAAGACUGGCCAGAAGACAGUCCUCAACUCCUUCCCGACUUCAAACCGUCGGGAAAACUUCGACUCCGUCGCGAAUCCCUCAAACUCAAGAUGGACUCUGAGGAAGCAGCAACAGGAGACGUUCAGGAUGACGCCGGAGUGCAAGUCAAGAGGAAGGACAAGAAGUUUUUGCUGGUGUCCAGAAGAAACUCAAAGGACAAACUACCUGAUGAUGUGAAGGACGGCCGGAGCUGGACUUUACCCUCUCAGGGGAAGGCCUCAAAGGACAAUUUUUACGAGAUGAACUUACCAGUCAAGAGAGAAGAUGGAGAGCAAAGUUGGUCUGAGGGCAAAAAAAAGCCUCUGAAGACAAAAGUCAACCAACUGCUCAGGCGGGCGUCAACCAGCCUCGUCCAGCACCAUCCGAGCAAGGACGAUGGCGACGACCUGAAGAAAAGGAUGAACACGAAAGAAUACACUCUGAAAUGGCACUCUCAGGAAGCCAUGUUUGAUAAAGGUGAGGAAGAUGAGGCGGCGCGAGCGCAGCUGGACGUGGCCGACACCUACUCCGGCAGCAAAGGCAAAAAGAAGCUCAAGAUGAAGUUUGGCCCUCAAAAAGGAUUUAGCCGUUCUCUGGAAGAGCAGCCCCAGGGCGCAUAUGGGUACACCCCCCGCAAGGACUCAAAGGACAGAGAAGAUCCGUUUUUUGGUGGCGCGGACAUGUGGCAGGAGCACAACUUUGAAGAUGAGGAGGAGAUAAAAAGUCUGCCUUCCAACAACCAGGAGGAGGUGCCUGCCUUUCUUUCCAAACAAAACCGAUUCCCAGCAGAGCAGCUGGAUUACGAAGCACCGAAUGCGACGGAUGACUUCACCGCGAAAAAGAAGUUCAAGGCCCCGGUCCCGUUGCCGCGUAAAUCAAAGCCCAGCUACAGUUCACCUGCAUCGGGCGAGCCGUUGGCAUUUGGCGAUGCUGCUGUCGCGCAGGCGUCCUGGCAGGCGGGCAACUGGACAGAUGAGGACGACGUCUCCUUAAGCGGAAGACAACACGGGGAUCCCGUCGUGGACUACAACUACAGACAGGAUGAGCUGGGCCUUCCCAAACGGCAGAAAAAGGGGAAGCACAAAGUCUUCCGAAAGCACAAAUCAAAGAACAAAGCGUGGGAAGGCCCGGUCGAGGAUGUGGCAGUCAACCACCUGUCUGAGGCAGCGCAGGCCGAGUGGUUGGCGGCACAGAAAGAUGAGCGCAUGGCGGCGGGACUGGAGGACGGCGAGGGCGAAGGCGACGGGGACACGGACAGCUUGAUGGAGUGGUGGCACACGGUAAAAAAGUGGGAUGAGGUGCCAUCGGACGAAGACACCAAACAGCCUGACGAAUCCCAGUCCUUCACCGUUUUGGCCGACAAGGUGAACCGAGGCCUGCGCGUGUUCAACAAGAUUUUCACGGAACGCGCCGAGAUCUUCUGGCAGCACGUGAUGAAGCUCCACGCCCUCGCCGACCACCUCAACACAUUCCACCAGAAAGCCAAAGCGGCCGGUAUCACGGGCAGCACCACGGCGGCCGUCGGGGGCGUGACAGCCAUCGCCGGCCUGGCCCUGGCCCCGUUCACCUUUGGCGCCUCGCUCAUUGUCACGGCAGUCGGGGUAGGUGUGGCCACCGCCGGAGGGAUCACUUCCGCCUCUGCCACCAUCUCGGAUAACGUCAACCACAUGCAGGAGCGCAAGAAGGUGGAGGCGGUGCUGCAGGAGUACGAGUCGGACUUUCGCAUCUUGGCCGAGAUCCUUCACUUUGUCAACCACGGCUUGUAUAAACUUCGCGGUCAUCCUUUCCUCCGCUCCGGCACGCAGCAUUAUUCUGAGGACUGGGAGGUGCGCAAGGCGGUGCAGAUGAUCAGCUUGGUGGACUCGCCCGUCUUGCGAGCCAUGGAUGUGACGGACGCCAUCUUACAGCUGCUUCAAGGACUUCAAGGCGGCAUGGACAAGUACUUCAGGGACAACAAGAACUUGAAAAGAGCCUUCAAGAAGGAAGUGGUGGCUCGUAUCAAAGAGGCAGCCAACGUGCUGAAUGACGGCGUAGUUGAGCUCAACGCCAUCAGAGAGGAGCUCCAGAAGGCCAUCGGCAACUUUUAAACGUGUUUCUCAGUGAUGAAUAUGGAUUAGUCUGAAGGGCAGGAACAACGACUACAUCAAACGACACCGACCUUUUGUAAAUGGAACUCGUCCUUUUCAUCUGUCAUUCUUUUGUGCUAAUUUUAUUGCUAUCCCUUAAAGUGCCAAUUUCAGGACUACAUGUAAGCACCGCUAGUAUACCGUCAUUGUCUUUGAUUAUGUUGACAUGUCGAUUCAUGACACGGUUUUGUAUGUUAAUGAGAAAUGUUGACAACUAUCUAAGUGUAUACGCAAAUAAAGUUGUUUGUAAUGUUU